AUGGCGAUCCAGAAAAAGCACGGCAAGGGCCGUCUCGACAAGUGGUACAAGCUCGCCAAGGAGAAGGGGUAUCGCGCGCGUGCCGCCUUCAAGCUGAUCCAGCUCAACAAGAAAUAUGGCUUCCUCGAGAAGAGCAAGGUCGUGCUCGAUUUGUGCGCGGCGCCAGGGUCAUGGUGUCAAGUAUGCGCCGAGACGAUGCCCAAAGACAGCAUCAUCAUCGGUGUUGAUCUCGCCCCGAUCAAGCCGAUUCCCAAGGUCAUCACCUUCCAGAGCGAUAUCACCACCGAAAAGUGCCGCGCCACCAUCCGCACGCACAUCAAGACCUGGAAGGCCGACUGCGUGCUCCACGACGGUGCCCCCAACGUCGGUACCGCCUGGGUUCAGGAUUCGUAUAACCAGGCUGAACUGGCCCUGCACUCGUUGAAAUUGGCCACUGAGUUUUUGAUUGAGGGCGGGACUUUUGUGACCAAAGUCUUCCGAUCCAAGGACUACAACUCUCUGCUUUGGGUGCUCAACCAGCUCUUCACAAAAGUCGAUGCGACCAAGCCGCCUUCGUCCCGUAAUGUCUCGGCUGAAAUCUUCGUCGUCUGCCGCGGCUUCAAAGCCCCCAAGCGCAUCGACCCCCGCCUGCUCGAUCCCCGGUCCGUCUUCGAAGAUCUUGCCGACCCCACGCCGAACAAUGAGGCGAAGGUGUACAAUCCAGAGAUCAAGAAGCGGAAGAGAGACGGUUAUGAAGAGGGAGACUACACACAAUACAAGGAGAUUGCCGCGAGCGAAUUCAUCCAAACGACAGACCCCAUCGCCAUCCUCGGACAGUACAACCGGCUUACCUUUGAGCAACCAAAAAACGGCGACGUAGCCCUGGCCGCCCUCGACAAGCUACCCGAAACAACCGAAGAAAUCCGCCUCUGCUGUGCCGAUCUGAAAGUGCUGGGGAGGAAAGAGUUCAAGCUGCUCCUAAAAUGGCGUCUGAGAGUCCGGGAGAUCUUCGGGUUCCCAACCAAGAAGGCUUCCAAGACCCCGCUAGUGGAAGAGGUGGCCCAGGUCGAGAACAUGGACGAAGAACUCAGGAUCCAGGAAGAGCUUCAAAAGAUCAAGGACAAGGAAUCGUCCAAGAAAAAGAAGGAGCGCCGGAAAGACAACGAGAAGAAGCAAAAGGAAAUCGUGCGCAUGCAAAUGAACAUGACGGCGCCCAUGGACAUCGGUAUGGAGCAAGAAGGGCCCCGCGGCGGAGACUCCAUGUUCCGGCUCAAAGCCAUCGACCAGACCGAUGCGCUGCGCAAGAUAGCCAAGGGCAAGAUGACCAAGGUCCUCGAAGCGGACGCCGCCAAGAAAGACCGCGACUCCGGCAUCGGCUCGUCCGGCGAAACCGACGAUGAAAGCGACGAGGAGGCUGACCAGCUCGAGCGUGAGCUGGAUAACCUGUAUGACGAUUACCGGGAACGGAAAGCCGCCUCCGACGCUAAGUACCGCGCGAAGAAGGCUAGGAAAGAGCAUGGGGAUGAUGAAUGGGAGGGCGUGUCGGGGGAUGAGAAGGGGGGUAGUGAUGACGAUGACGAUGAUGAUGAGGAUGCGCUGGAAGUAGAGAGCGGAGAUGAGGAUUCGGAUUCGGAGGAUGGUGAUGGGGCUGUUAAUAAGCUCCUUCGGGAUCUUGACAAUACGCCUUCGGAUGAACCGGGUCUUUCGAAGCGCGCUCGGGGGUUCUUUAGCCAGGACAUUUUCCAGACUAUUCCUGGGCUGCUGGAUGUUCCAGAUGAAGAGGAAGAGGAGAGUGAGCCUGAUGCGAUGGAUGUUGAUGAGGAGUCUGAGGUUGAAGUCGAAGCUGAGGCUGAGGCUGAGAUUGAGGAGUCUGAUGACGAACUCCCAAGUAUUGAGGAACAGAAGAGGAUGCGCAAGGAGAAGAAGUCCACGCAGAAAGAAAAGAAGAAUGGGUUUGAAGUGGUGAAGCGCGCGGAAGAGGAGGAAGAUGACUGGGAGGAAACAGAGAAGAAGACCAAAGACAGUCGGCCGAACAUCGACAUCAUCACCGCCGAAGCCAUGACACUAGCCCACCAACUAGCGCGCGGCGAAAAGACAACCCACGACAUCAUCGACGAAGGGUACAACAAACACGCCUUCAAAGACCGCGACGGCCUGCCGGACUGGUUCCUCGACGACGAGGGCCGGCACGACAAGCCGCACAAGCCCAUCACCAAGGAGGCCGCCUUGGCCAUCAAGGAGAAGCUGCGGGCCUACAACGCCCGGCCCAUCAAGAAGGUUGCCGAGGCGCGCGCGCGCAAGAAGUUCAAGCAGGCGCAGAAGCUGGAGAAGCUCAAGAAGAAGGCUGAUUUGCUAGCUGGUGACGAGGGCAUGUCGGAGAAGGAAAAGGCGACCAGCAUCGCCAAGCUCAUGUCCGCGGCGGGACGCAAGAAGAGAAAGGCGCCUGUCAAGGUGGUCAAGGCUCAGGGUCUGAACCGUGGGCUCUCGGGCCGUCCCAAGGGUGUUAAGGGGCGGUACAAGAUGGUGGACCCGCGCAUGAAGAAGGAAAUGCGCGCGCUCAAGAGGGUGGCGAAGAAGAAGUAG